AUGCCCAAGUAUGCUAAGUUCUUAAAGGAACUCCUCUCUAAUAAGAGGAAGCUUGAGGAAGUGUCAAUGAUACAAUUGUUGGAGAAGAGCUCGAUGAUCGUUCAAAGGCGAUUACUAAAGAAGCUAAAAGACCUAGGGAGUUUUACUAUCCCUUGCUUUAUUGAUAAUUUAAAUGUUGAUAAUGCACUUGCUGAUUUGGGGGCUAGCAUUAUUGUUAUGCCUUAUAAUUUGUUCAAGAAACUAGGACUUGGAGUACCUAAACCAACACUCAUUAGUGUUCAGUUAGCUGAUAAAUCUGUUAUAUAUCCAAGGGGUAUCAUUGAAGAUGUGUUAGUAAAGGUUCAAGAGUUUAUUUUUCCUAUGGAUCUUGUGAUCAUGGAUAUGGAUGACGAUGUUCAUGUUUUCCUUAUCCUUGGUAGACCCUUUCUUGCUACAACUAGAGCCAUUAUUGAUGUUCAUGAUGGUAAGCUCAUUCUUAGGGUAAGGGAUGGACAAUUGACUUUUCAAACCCCCAACGUCAUAAAACACCCACUUGCACUUGAUAAUAUGGAUGCUAAUGAUGAAAUGAUAGAGCAUGAAACUGUCAAUUUAAUUUCAUAG